UCAAGAUGGCGGUGCUUGGAGAACUGAUAUCAUUAUCACUCAUUGAGAAAGACGUAAAUAACGAKGUUCUCUGGACAUGGUCUUUCCCUUCCGUCUCGUCCAGUUUUCGACAAAUUCUGCUUCGAAAAUGUUGUUUGAAGGCAGAAAAAGGCCAGGAAAUUAUACCAUUUUGUUAUGGGCAGUUAUCCAAGAAAUGGUACUACCUGUUUACAUCAGCUGUCAAAAACGCAGCUGAGAUGAAUAAGGUUACUCAUGUAACUUUGGUGCUUGUGGCUAAGGACUUCAACCCAGAGAAGUACAAGAGCCUGUGUAGAAUAUUAUGCAACAAACUGAUAGUAACAGGCAGUCCUGCUAGUAUGCUACAAUACUAUCUAUCAGUGUUCACCAAAGGAGUUUGCCCUGAUGAUGAAGAUGACAGUAUCUUUGCUGUCAAGGAAUUUGAUCCAAGAAAAGCUUUCAUAGAAAAAUCAAUCAAAGAUGUGGUCAACAUAUUUGGAGUAGAAACCAUUCUGAUAUACACUGCGUUACUACUGAAGAAAAGAGUAGCUGUUUACAGUCCAAGACUAGAUACUCUGCUGGAUAUAACCAGAGCACUACCUUUGUUGGUAUGGCAUCGUCAGAACUGGUCAAUWCUCUUCCCAUAUGUCCACUUGGAGGAGGAUGAAAUAAACGACUUGCGUUCGAGCAUUACAUACAUUGCUGGAUUUACAGAUGCAUCCAUUGAGAAUAACACUGACAUUUAUGACCUUUUUGUUAAUGUUGGAGCAGGGGAGAUAACUAUUCCGAUGCAUGCUAAAGAAAUGUUCCAGAUGGGAAAAGUCCAUAAAGAUAUUGCCAUGUUUAUGAUGGAAGCAACUAAAGAUGAAAAUUCAAGUGAUCAAACGUUUAUCAAGGAAUUGUCCAACAAAACCAAGGAUCUGAUUGGUACUCUGAAGAAACUUGCUGUUGAAACUGAAGAAGGCUCUGAACCAAAGAUAACUCUGGAAGGACUACAACAACGAAAGCUGACAGCCAUCAUGGAAAACUUUUUGUUCAAUUUAGCUGCUGCUGAAGGGAUGGUGUGAGAAUGGGUUAAUGUUUAAAAUUGGGAUUAGUAAGAUAGUAAAUAAAUGGAUAAGAAACCAGAAGAAAAAUCUAGCAAGAAUCGAAUGAUACUAGAAGAUUUCUUUAAAUAAGUAACUUYUAUAAAUGAAACAAAAGAAUAAUAUAGCAAUUAUCAUAGCAAUUAUUAAUGAUUGAUAUUAUGAAUUGUCUGGCACACACUCAGUAAAGAAUCAGGCCACUCAACACAAGGGUGCAAAGGAGGUGUUUUUCAAAGGCCAUUUAUGAAUUUCAUGCAUUCUGGUUUAGCAAACAAUAACUGGUAAGGCAUCAUGAACAAAAGAUGUUUGCACCAAAGCUAGACUACAAUGUACCACCUUUGCUAUCACAGAAGAAGUCAGCUUUUGGCGUGCAGCUUGUUCACAUGCUAGUGCAKUUGUAAACCUGUCUUUUUGCUAAAAUGAAGCCAUACCACAUAUAUUUGCCAUAUCACACACAAUUGUGUAUCAAAUCUAUCGGUAAUCACAGUAUGAGAAGAAAACUUAAAUACAUUAAAUAAAUAAAAAUAAAUUAAAUACAUGUGAAAAAAAUUUUUUUYGUGAUGUAUAAAU